AUAUUCCAUCUCAAAUUCUCUUGAUCAUUGAUAGUCUUAUUUCAUAAGACUAUCAUUUUUACUUUAGAAUUUCAGCUUCAUUGAUCCAAUAUGGAGUUUCCUCUAUUUCACAUUGUUACUUUUCUCGUGCUUGUGGUAGUGGCAACUAAUGGUGCAACGGUACCACCUCAACUUUAUUGGAAAUCCAUGCUUCCCAACUCUCCAAUGCCAAAAGCCAUCACUAAUCUCCUACACCCUGCUGGAUAUUGGAGUGAAGAGAAAGGAACAUGGGUGGAUGUAGGCAAGGGUGGUGUAGAUGUUGGAGUCAGAAAGGGUUACUAUGAAGGAGGUGGCACUGAUGUGAAUGUUGGAGUUGGACGUUCUCCAUUUCUUUACAAUUAUGCUGCAAGUGAGACUCAAUUAUUACAUGAUAAACAAAAUGUAGCACUUUUCUUCUUGGAAAAGGACUUGCAUCAUGGAACAAAAAUGAACUUGCAAUUCACUAAGACCACUUCAAAUGCAGCCGCGUUCUUGCCUCGUCAAGUUGCUAAUUCCAUGCCUUUUUCGUCAAACAAGGUGGAAUAUAUACUCAACAAGUUAAACAUCAAGAAAGGGUCAAAGGGUGCUCAGAUUGUGAAGAACACCAUCAGUGAGUGUGAAGAACACAGCAUCGAAGGAGAAGAAAAGAGUUGUGUAACUUCAUUAGAGUCUAUGGUUGACUUCACUAUUUCUAAGCUUGGGAAAAAUGUUGAGGCUGUUUCAACUGAAGUGAACAAAGAAAGUGAGUUACAACAAUAUAUAAUAGCACAAGGAGUGAAGAAGUUGGGUGAGAAGAACAAAGCUGUUGUGUGCCAUAAAGAGAAUUACCCUUAUGCAGUUUUUUACUGUCACAAUACAGAGAAAACUAAAGCUUACUCUGUACCUUUGGUGGGUGCUGAUGGAAGCAGAGUUAAUGCUAUUGCUGUUUGUCACACUGAUACAUCAAAAUGGAACCCAAAGCAUUUGGCAUUUCAAGUCCUUAAAGUUAAACCUGGGACUGUUCCAGUUUGCCAUCUCCUACCUGAGGAUCAUGUUGUUUGGAUUUCCAAGUAGAAAUAAACAAACCUGAUUGGUGACAUCCAAGAAUAGUUAUGCAGUUUAAAUAUCAUAAAGUGAACUGUGAAACUGAUUAUAGUAUUUUACUACCCUUUUGUUUUACUUUCACAGUUUUAGAUAUGCUAUAUAUUUGCUAUGAUGUAUUAUUACAAGUGUGCUAUUUGUUUUUCUUUUACAGCUUUAGCUAUGCUUAUCUACUAUGAUGUAUUACAUGUGUGCUAAUUUAUGAUAUAUUGAAGCUUUUUAAUUGGGUGAAAA